UCGACAGACUUCUGAGACUUCAAUAUGGUAUCCUAGACUUAGUUCGUCGUGAGUCGUGACACUGACACAGUAGAUUUGUAUACUUUUUGCGGUGCCUUUCAUAUAUUAUAUACCUUUUGGCUUUUGCCGAGCUUAUUCGUUUUGACAUGAUGCAAAUCACCGCUUAUUAUUAUUGUAUUAAUUGCCACUUAUUUUAUUAUUGACUUGGGUGCUAAACGCCACUAUUUUUAUAUUCAAUAUUAUUAUAUUUUUGUACCCUAUAAUCUGUAUUGUGCACAGUUAUUUAUUAUAGUAUAGAUACAGGACCAGCUGGCCAGUCUGCGCUCCAUAAAUUUAUGCAAAAAUCUAAUCAAUUAUAUACCAUUGUUGUCUCGGACAAUGGUCAAAUAUCAGCAGUUCUUAAGCAAUGGAUAAUAUGUAGUGAUGAUUUCCCAGUCAUUGGACACACAUAUCAGUGGUACUGCCCACCAUCAUUUUCUUUUCAAAACAUACAACAUUAUAAAAAAGUUGAAAAUCACUGGGAUAAAGUAACGGGCACUGUUUUAAACAUGACAGAUUCAUACAUUACAGCUAAUUUUUUAAUUAUGACAGAAAGUUUAAAAGUAAAUAAAUUUGUAAUUAUUGAAUUUGUGGAUGAAGCUGAAGUCACAGAAGUUGUACCUUGUUGCUGGAUUGUCGUUGAUCUCCAAUCAAAGAGUUUUGUUUGUCAAUGGCCUGGUGGUAUAAAUGUCGCAAAAUAUAUUGCUUAUCAAAAACCGCCAGAAGAUUCUUGGGAAGAACACAAAUGUGUUCUUAGGAAAUUUUACGAUACAUAUUCUGAAGCAAAAAAAAAAGUAUCCCUUUUUUGUUACAUAAGUACAACUUCUGAAAUUGAUACUGAAAACAAAAAAAGGAAACGGUUUCAAAAGAAAAAUUUUGAAUCUUCAAGUAACCACGAAGACAAUGAAAAAACUAAAAUUAAUUCAAAACAAAAAUUAUUUGAAAGUAAUUUAAUUGACAAUAUUCUUGAUGCUCCUAGACCUACAAUUGAUUUUGACAUGAUGGGAUCAAACGAUUCACCUGAUUUUUUUGCACUUAAAGAUGAUGUCUUACAUUAUUUAAACCCUAUGAGUGAAAAUAACUGUGAACAAUUAUCUCAAAAUAUUGAACAUCAUCAAUUCACUCAAAUGAAUAAAGACAUUCAUCUUAACCAUCAGACGAAAACUCCAAAUAUUUGUAUUAAUCCUGUAAGAGAAAAAGACUGUGAAAGUUUAUCACAAAACACUGAAUAUCAUCAAUUAACUCAUCAUCAAAACCAACAGAUUCUUUCAGCGACUGAUAAUGAAUUCAUUGACAAUGACAAUGUGAAUAUGGGAAAAAUGUUAAUGUUUAUUGGACAUGCGGUUAAAGAUGUGGCUAAUGAAAUUGCUGAAAUAAAAAAAAGUAUCAAAGAAAUUAAACUUGAUAAUGUCAAAAACCAAGAAUUACUUAUAUUGCUAACUGAUCGUACCAAAUAUAAUGCUACUAAAUCAGAGGAAAAGGUUCAUUUGUUUGGAUCGAAUUUAAAAGUUCCAGUUUCAAACCUCGAUGAUCUGCAUAAAUUGGAGUCCAAUGAGGAGCAAAAAAAAUUUUAGCACAGUUAUUAAUACGCAAUGGGAAAUGUUUUGGUAUCAGGCGUACCACUUAUGAAAUGAUGAGGAUACUGAUGGAUAAUAGAGUGGCCGAAAGUCUAAACAUGGAUGGUAGGAG